GAAAUAAACUGUGAGGAGAAGUGGGAGUUGCGGCAAUGGCGCCUGAUAGAGCAACUGGCGCUAUUGUUGUGGCGGCGACGGUAUCUAUCACCUUGGCGGUGCUUUCUUACUGUUAUCUGGGUUUUCGCCGCCGUUCCGGCGAGACCGAUUCGCGCUCCUUCGAGAAGAAGAAGACGACGAAUUGGAGGAAUGGAAUUGUCGAUGCAGUCGGAAACACGCCGUUGAUUCGCAUUAAUAGCCUCUCCGAGGCUACUGGAUGUGAGAUUCUUGGGAAAUGCGAGUUUCUGAAUCCAGGAGGCAGCGUGAAGGAUAGAGUGGCUGUUAAGAUAAUUGCAGAGGCGUUGGAAUCUGGUAAGCUAUCUCCAGGGGGAAUUGUGACGGAAGGUAGUGCCGGGAGCACAGCCAUUAGCCUUGCUACAGUUGCUCCAGCCUACGGAUGCAAAUGCCAUGUCGUCAUACCAGAUGAUGUUGCUAUUGAAAAGUCUCAAGUUCUUGAAGCCCUUGGGGCCACUGUUGAGAGGGUGAGGCCGGUGUCAAUAACACACAAAGAUCACUAUGUCAAUAUAGCCAGGCGUCGGGCUGAGGAAGCAAACGAGCUAGCAUCAAAGAGAAGACUGGCUACCAAAAUAAAUGGCCAAAACCAUGUUGAAAUUAACGGUUAUGCGGUUGAGAAAGAGAUAAAAAGCUCUGUAUUCCCAGAUUCAGUAACUGGUGGAUUCUUUGCGGAUCAGUUUGAAAACUUGGCCAACUUUGGGGCUCAUUAUGAAGGCACGGGCCCUGAAAUCUGGCAUCAGACUAAUGGCAACAUCGAUGCUUUCAUUGCUGCUGCGGGUACUGGAGGUACUUUAGCAGGGGUGUCAAAGUUUCUUCAGGAAAAGGAUCAAAAAAUAAAGUGCUAUUUGAUUGAUCCUCCUGGUUCUGGUCUAUUCAAUAAAGUAACACGGGGAGUGAUGUACACUAAAGAAGAAGCUGAAGGGUGUCGCCUGAAGAAUCCAUUUGAUACAAUAACUGAAGGAAUCGGAAUCAACAGACUCACUCGGAACUUCUUGAUGGCAAAACUUGACGGCGCUUUUCGUGGUACAGAUAGAGAGGCUGUUGAGAUGUCGAGGUUUCUCCUGAAAAACGAUGGGCUCUUUGUUGGAAGCUCCUCAGCGAUGAACUGUGUUGGGGCAGUGAGGGUGGCUCAGACCCUUGGACCUGGUCAUACCAUUGUCACCAUUCUGUGUGACAGCGGGAUGAGACAUCUAAGCAAGUUCUAUAACCCCCAGUACUUAGCUCAGUACGGUUUGACUCCAACCGCCACAGGACUAGAGUUUCUUGGCAUGAAGUGAAGCAUCUAUAUGUUUUGUCCGAGCAUGAACUUCAGAUUCAGCAAAACCCGGAGGAGCUAAGACAGCUAUGUCCAACUGUUCAGGUUUAGAAACUUAACAUAUGUUCUCUUAAAACCCCAUUUUGUUUUGACAUAGGAUGGGCAUAUGAUUUAGAACAGAAUAGGUUUUUUUUUUUGUAUGGCUAUUAAAUACUCAAAAGAGUCUCGUCACUCUCCAUUUAUACUGGCUUGGCUGAAUCUCACUAUUUGUCGAACCGUUCUUCUGGUUUCUGUUGAAUGUUUUCAGAGCCUGAAUUUAUAUUCA